GGUUAAAAUCUAUGAUGAAUCUCCUAAAAUAAUGUAAACCAAUAAAUAGCAAGGAGGGAAAAGGCAAAAAUGUUUCUUACUUAAAAUAAUAAGUUGGCUGCUUGUGGAACUUAGAUGACACUUGUCUAAACAAAAUGGCGUUUCACAGAGUUCUUACUGUUCUAUUUAUAUUGUACAUCGCUGAUUGCCUUCACGCACAAGGUUUCAAGCCUGCUGGACAGAUAACUCAGGAAUGCUUGGAUUGUAUUUGUGAGGCUUCGUCUGAUUGCGUAGAAGACAUUGGAUGCGUGAACGAAGAUCCUGGUCAAUAUUUUUGUGGCCCCUACUACAUUUCGUAUGCUUAUUGGAGGGAUGGUGGAAGUCCAGGAGAGAACUCAGAGGAUCCUUUAGAUUUCGAGAAGUGCUUGACACACAGGAAAUGUGCAGAGGCAGCCAUCAGGGGCUACAUGCAGAAAUGGGGCCAGGACUGUGACGGUGACCAACAGAUCAAUUGCUUCGACUGGGCCAGGCUGCACAAAUCCGGCCCCGAAGCUUGCAACUCCACCUGGACGCUGAAUUCCAGUUACUGGUCGAAAUUCAUUGCUUGUUACCGAUAUACAUGAUGCAGAGUUAUCUGCACUUUGUAUAAAGAAUAAAAUUUACUACAGGGU